CACACACACAAUGAAAACAUCCAAUAUUAUUGCUGUGCAGAUUGAAUAAGCUGAGGCUGCGUUGCUUUUGUAGGGAGAUAAGUACAAGCAUAAAGGGACUUCUGCAUCAUUCCCGGACAGACAGUUGAUGCUGUUGUGAUCAUCACAGUCUGUGAACGUGAUUGAGGGAGUUCUGGCUUGUUGCACAUCAGCAGGUGAUAACUUAAGACGGGAUUUGCAAACACAGUGGCCAGUUUAGUGGCGAGGAGUCGUGCAUAAACGGAGGUGGUAGGAACUUUGGAGAAUGAGUGGUGAGGAGAACCCUGCUGCUGAACCUGCACCUGUGAUAGACGUGCAGGGAGAUGGACGCUGGAUGUCACAGCAUAACCGAUUUGUACAGGAGUGCAAAGAUGCAGAGCCAGAUGUUCUGUUUGUGGGGGACUCCAUGGUACAGCUUAUGCAGCAGUAUGAAGUGUGGAAGGAACUGUUCUCACCUCUUCAUGCUCUGAACUUUGGUAUUAAUGGAGACACAACCUCUAAUGUGCUGUGGAGACUACAAAAUGGAGAACUGGAGAACAUCAGACCCAGGGUGGUGGUUUUAUGGGUAGGAACCAGUAAUCAUGAGCACACGGCAGAACAGGUUGCAGGAGGAAUAGUGGCCAUUGUAGAGCUACUUUUUUCUCGCCUCCCUAAGUCCAAAAUUAUUGUUUUGGGCCUAUUGCCAAGGGGAGAGUUCCCCAACCCCUUGAGAGAGAAAAAUGCAUCUGUGAACAAUUUACUUCGUGCAUCUCUUUCUCGACUCGGCCCAGUACAGUUUCUCGAUGCGGGAGGUGGUUUUGUCCACUCAGAUGGAACCAUUUCCUCUCGAGACAUGUUUGAUUACCUACAUCUGACCACCGAUGCAUACAGGACCAUAUCAACAACUCUCCAUGAUCUGCUGCUUCAACUAUUGGAGGAAACGCCUCAGGAGAGGCGGGCCUCACUGGUUUAAGAUGGGGGCACUACUGUAAAUUGGUCAAUCACUUGAGAGGCAGGGUUAAGAACUGUUGGAUAUACAGAAUGUACUUCAAAUACUUCAAUUUGAAUAACAAAGUAAAGUGGAAAAAGACAUUUUUGAUUUGCAGCAAAACACAAAGGGGAUGUAGGGCAGUGACCAAUUUUAUAUGACCAAUAUUAAAUGUCUAUACUGUAUGAAUCAAAAAAGUAUAAUAGAAAACAGUAGGAGAAUGAAGAAUAGAUGGCAAAUAUUCAUGACAAAAGGAAAGGAAAACAAAUAGGUUUCUUAGGACAUGUUGUUUUGCGUGGGACCAGAAUCUCUUCUAAAUCUUAUUGUCACUGUCUGAACAACCAUUUACUGUUGCACUCACUCUGCCAGCUUCACCGUGCCUUUAUGCACACAGUCAGUCGCACUCACAGUGGUGUUAUGAUGACCGUAACUCAACACAAUCAUGCCUUUGAAAAUCUCUCUUUCUUGCUCCCAUUUAAAGUUCUUUCUGAGUAUACCCUGAUACAGAGGCAUGUGAAACCCUCUCUUCUGCAAUAUUUUUCUCUUUCAUUUUCUCAAUAACACAAAUAGUAACAAAAUAUAGAGCGGACUGGAGAGAGAGUGCCAGAGCCUGAACCCAGAUGACACACAUACAUCUCCGAGUUUUAGAUCUUUUCAUCUGGAAAGCAUUACAAUCUGAUUAACAUCUGUUAAACAUUUUAAAAAGAUCAUAUUUACAAACAUAUAAACGUGUCUGCUGAAAUAACAUCUGCUGAAAGUCUUAUUGUAAUAUGAUAUAUAACUAUUGACAUACAUCUUAUAGACGUAUUGCAGAUGAGCAAACAACAUAAAGUCUUCCAGAUGUAAACACACAUCAAAUAGAGGUCUGGGUGAUGUAAGUGUGCUAUCAGGGAAAUGUUCCUUCUCUUAAGCAUCUAGUGCAUAUCACAAAGUAUUAAUAUUUAUCUCACCUGCUCUGCAUCCAUUUUAUUGUGUAUGUGUCCAUGUGCUCUAUAAAGGUGUGUGUGUUUGUGUGUGAGAGAGAGUGUAUAUAACCUGUUAUUAUUAAUGUACUCUGUGCAAGUGCUUAUUAAUGCUGUAGUACUGUAUGUGAACGUUUUUGUGUUUGAGUGUAAGAGAGCAAUCUAUAACUAUUUGUUUUGGCCGCAAAGUGUGCACUACUAAUGCGGCACAUCUGCCGCAUGCUUCGGAUCCAUGCAUUCUAAUAAAUCAGCAGACUUCA